AACGAGAGCAGCACGGCAAGCCUCCAUAGCUUCUCUCUCUCACUCUUUCUAUGGAUUUCUUCAAUGGCUUUCUUAGUGUUGUGAUGCAUUUGGCCAUUGCUAUAUUCCUUUUAGCCUACUUACCAGUUAGGUUGGUGUGGAGAGUUGUUCGAUGGAUGCUUGUGAGGCCUUUCUCGGAGGAGGACAUGAACGGAAAAGUUGUUCUCAUCACCGGAGCUUCCUCCGGCAUUGGUGAGCACGUUGCUUACCAAUAUGCUACGAGAGGGGCAUCUCUGGUUCUCGUUGCAAGAAGAGAGCAUGCUCUCAAAUCGGUAGCUAAGACUGCGAAUAAGCUUGGGGCGCCGGAGGUUCUACUGAAACCUGCUGACAUCUCCAUCCCCGAUGAAUCAAAACGGAUCAUUGAAGAGACUAUUGCUCACUUUGGCCAAUUGAAUCACCUCGUUGUCAAUGCUGGGAUUUGGUGUAGCUGCCUCGUUGAAGAUAUCACCAACAUAUCUGCCUUCACGCAAGUGAUGGAUGUAAACUUUUGGGGCUCAGUAUAUCCAACUUAUUAUGCAAUUCCGCACCUCAAGACAAGCCAUGGAAACAUCAUCGUGACAGCAUCAGUGGCUGGCCAUGUUCCUACCGCAAGAAUGGGCGUCUACAAUGCAAGCAAGGCAGCAGUGAUCAGGUUCUAUGAGACAUUACGAUCUGAGCUCGGCUCAGAGAUCCGGAUCACCAUCAUAACUCCAGGCUAUGUUGAAUCAGAACUCACCAAAGGCAAAGUUGUCAAGAAAGACGGUGAAGUAGGCAUCGACGAGGAAGCUAGAGAUAUCCAGCUUGGACCGCUUCCUGUCGGCCGCACAGAGAGGUGCGCAGAGAUCAUUGUUGAUAGUGCAUGCAACGGUGAUGAGUACGUGACCUGGCCCUCCUGGUUCAAGCCAUUCUAUGCGGUCAUGUCCUUUGCUCCCGAGGUCGUGAACUGGUUCUCCCGUACGUUCUAUGUUGCUAAGCCAGGCGCCACUUCGACCGAGACCCUGAGCAAGAGGAUCUUAGAGGCAUCAGGAGCCCAUAAAUUUUUCUAUCCAGCUUCAAUUCGAUCGCCUGUCAUUAAAAUAUAGAUAUGAAUGAAGGUAGUUCUAAUGCCACUGUCAAGAACUGAAACCAUGGUGGUUAUGGAUGUCUUUCUUAUAACAUCAGAUGGAAGUGGGAAUCAUUUAUGUAGUAUUUUUCUGUGAUUAAGGUAGACGUAUGAUUUCACUCUUAAGAAACAAAAAAAGCGUAAGUAUGUAAACAUGUGAUGUGAGGGGAUAAAAGGGCAUUCAAACAACAUGCCAUAUUUGCUAGCUAUAACUACAGAAUCUCAGUAAAGAAACCUUACAGAUCACCCUUCGCAAACAAAAUCGAGUACUGUAAUCUGAUGAUAAAAUUUAAUUAGAAGUUCUUUCACAUUGGAAGCAUGCCUCUGUUAAUUUGUAAUUUUCUAGAAUGUGCAGAAGAUAUUUUUGGCUGAAUGUUCUCUUGUUUGAAUGACUCUUUGUAUUUCCUAGACUUUGGAACUUGUU